GUCUGGCAACGCCGCGCGGGCCUGCUUUGCAGUUUGCAGAGCGCCAUUUGCUGUGGUGUGGAGGAGUCAUUGCUGUAUUCAUCAACCUCCAUCACAUAUUUAUACAUUUUUGGAUGGUGGGCAUUAGUAAAGACGUAAACACGACAUGAGUAGUGUUUUGCUGAAUACAGUAGAUGGUGAUGCCCGGAAUAGACUAAGUGAAUGAAAGGUGUCACGGAAGAGUGUAUGUAGGGAAGAGAUCUCGAGGCAUUGCUUCUCCAUAACAUCAUUUGAUGGUGCAGCUGAAGCUCUCAAAAGGUGACCUGAUCUUCAGGCUGAUGACAAGUUUACACAAAAUACUGUACCUACCUGUAACUACGUCAACUAUGAUGCCCAUCAUCUUUCAUUUCUUUAAGGAUGAACUCAUUAUUUAACACCCAACCAAAGUGAGUAAAUAUACAUGAGAUGCCUUGAAAUUGUCAAGAAAUUAAAUAAUGACCAUGUCUCUGCCUCAACAAGUUAGUGUGCCAUCAAUGUCUGUGGCAGUAACAGUGUCAGUUGCUGUACCAGGUGUCCAUGUGUCAGUCCCAGCUCUCAAUGUUGCAGGAAAAGAUGAUCAGAUGAAUGUUUACUUCUGGAAUAAAUCACAGGAAAAUCAGGAUGCAAAACCUCAAGUCACAGGUGAAGGUAAGUAUGAAUGCAUUGUCUGUGGUAAGUCUUACACACAGCGUAGUAGCUUUGAAUAUCACAAAAAGACUCAUAGUGGUGAGAAACCUUUUCCUUGUGGGAGUUGUGGUAAAGCAUUUCUUAACAAAAGUAGUUUAAUUGUGCACAAUCGUAUUCACACCGGUGAAAGACCUUUUAGAUGUGAGGAUUGCGGUAGAGGCUUCACACAGAAUAGUAUGCUCAGAGUUCACCGCCGUAUACACACUGGUGAGAGACCUUAUGUUUGUUCAGAAUGUGGUAAAGCAUUUUAUCAGAGUGAUCAUCUUACUAAGCAUAAACGUAUACAUACUGGUGAAAAGCCAUAUAGCUGUGGUGAAUGUGGUAUGGCUUUCUCAGACAGCAGUGGAUUGAGGCAGCAUGUAAAAAGACAUACAAAGAUGGGUCCUUGGAUAUGUGAACUCUGUGAUUUAGUUUAUGAAAAGCGCACUCCUUUUGAUCUGCACAUGAUGCAACACCGUGGUGAAAAACCUUUAGAGUGUGAUGUUUGUGGUAAGCUGUUUCAGUAUCGCUCCACACUUGAUCUUCAUCGAAAAACACAUUUUAAGGAAAAAGUUUUCAAGUGUGAUAUUUGCGGAGAGGAGUUCACCGGUAAGGUUCUGUUACGAAAGCACAUAAAGCACGUCCACACUGAGAGAUAUUUCGCAAAACGUUUUGCAGGUUGGAUGGGUGAGAACAAAAAUACCAAGUCACAUGGAGAUUCAAAACCACUUCGGUGUGACCAGUGUAGUUUGUUAUUCAAGGACAAUAGCAAAUUUCUUCUCCACCAAAAAGUCCAUCGUCCAGAGAAGAAUUUUAAGUGUGAAGUGUGUGGUAUGGCAUUUGCUAAAAGUUAUACUCUUGAAGUCCACCAGCAAAUGCAUCCACAUGUUGCACCCCUUGUUGGUACUGCAACAUUAACUGAAAUUCCUUGUCAGGGUAUUCCCACAACAAGCACAGGUGUAAUGACCCUUACUCCACUUUACCCUGUAACUCACCAAGCACCAGUUGUGACUUCAGAGACACCACUGGUACAGCCACCCCCUGUGGUAAUGCCAGGCACCAGCAAGCUUCCAACUUAUGUAAAAGUCCCAAUGCGUCCCAUUGUUGUCAAGGGCAAACGAAAUAAACAGUGGUGACUUCCCACUGUGCUUGUAUGUGUUGUUUUAUAUAUGCAAUGGAUAUUCAGUAUUUGUUAUAACACUGCAGUGUAUAGUUACAAUCUGGAUUGUUGGUUUGUAAUCAGAGUAAUAUUAGGAAUAUUAUUAGUACAAGUACCCUGUAUAUCAAACAAACAAUAUAUGUACUGUAUUAUGUUUGAGAAUAUACUCAAGACUACUGAUGUGAUACUCUCCUAGAAUAAGAAUUACAGUAUGCUUACUGUAGUCCAGUUGAUAACACUGAGCACAAAUGGAUUUUGUGCUGUAAAGUUAUACAUUGGUAAACUUAUAAAGUUUAUCAGUGUAAUGACCAAAUAAUGUCUUUCAACUAACAUUUCUGUUUUACUUGACUUUAAACUAUUUUUAUCAGAACAAAAUUUUAUGUAAUGUUCAGUGCAGCAUCAUUGUACAAAAACUUUCAAGGCUUGUAAAGGUGCAAAAGUUGUGACUUGUUAAUACAAGUCCCGAUUAAUAAAAUUAAUGCCAGUGAACGUAGUACACAUUUAAUGUUUUCUGAGUGUAUGCAAUUUCUUGCCAGAGUUUUAUUCAAGGAAAAACUUAUUGUCAAAAAUGGAAAUACAGUUGUAGUGCAUUUAAACUGUUGAAGUUGAUCAAAAUGCUGACCAAAUAAUGUCUUUCAGAUCUUAUUCCUACAUAUUUAGUUAGAUUUAAGAAAUUUUAUGACAAAUGAUCUACGGGUGCCCAAGUUAUCCGCCAGCUAAACUCUUUGUUAUUAGAACCCAUAACGCAGACUAAAGGAGCAGUUAGUGUUUCCAGAUAUAGUCACUCUUAGAUCAAGCACAGUAAACUAUAAACUCCAAAUUUUAGUUCUUUAUGUACUGGAUCUACAUUUUAGCUUAAAAAAAAUGGAAGGCCAUUAGCUCAUCCACUUACAUCAAGGAACAUCUUAAUCAAAAUACUCUGAUUCUGAAUCAGAAUUCUAAAGGUUAAAACUUGUAAUUUCUGUUUCAGAAAUGGUUAUUAACACAUUAGAGGGCAGUGGUGCACUCAGGUAUUUUAUUCUGGUUUACACGAGACGAUUUUAUUCAACCGAGAGAAACCCCUACCCUCUAUAGGGUUAGAGUCAUUAAACUGAAGCAAUGAAGGUGCACAAUCUCAAGGGCCUAACAUAUUCAAUGGCUUUCCUAAUAGGUAUAUCAUUGUCUUCAAUCCUGCAUUGAGAAGCAUAGUUGUCAACUUAAACCUUCCUAUACAGAUACUCGAGUGAUGAGUUCACGCAAACAGACUGUGUGUCACAGGGAAGUAUUAUUUUACCAUUAAAUAGCAGUUAGAAGCUGGCUUAUAACUUAUGUCAUCUACAGUACAUAGGUGAUAGAUGAAGAUUUGAUCAAAUCUUGUUUUACGACUGAGGCUCUAGUGGGUGUUAUAGCAGUUUUCCCUUCUCCCAAGACCAUGAAGUGAAGUGGCUUGGCACUGAGUGGGUGUGAUCAAGUGCACGGUAAUAUAUUUGAUAUGUUAUGACCUUCUGUCUUUAAUGGUAACAACUAUUUCUUGGAGAGACCUUGAAACAUUCUGGUUAGUUGGUAGGAGGCAUAAAUUUCAGUAGUGUAUCCACUUUUUCAAGGUGUUUUUUAUUGGAGUGGAGGGUGGCACUGUAAACUGAAGCUGAGCUGAUUACAUAAGUCACCCACUGUGGUUUCAGUCAUUAAUUGAUAUGUCGGGAUCAAUCCUUCAUUUUUACUUAUCCAGAGAUUAAUUUGUAAAGUUUAAAAAGUUGCUUCCCACAAAAAAAUCAAGGAUGGCAACUUUACUUUUAUUUUGAAAUUACAUAUUCAGUACAAGCCAUGUAGCAAAUAGUGUGAUAAAAAUUAGCUGCAUUGAUGUCAGUAAACUUAGGUUAUAUUUUGAAUUUUGUGAAUUGCUUGUUUUAAAUGUUAGAAUCUUAUGAAUAGUGGUGAAAGGUAUGAUGUGAUCUUUCAAGUACACUUGAGAAAAUUUCACAGCCCUUUUUAAAAAUUCUGCUUGGCAUAAUUACCAUUCAUGCCAAAAAAGAUUAUCAGAGAUCUUCCAGUGUGUAAGACCUUACACAGUAUAGAUAACAUAACAAAGAUGUUGAGAUGUUGCCAUCACGUCCCAAGUCAUUAUUACUCUCAAGAUAAUUAGUUUGUGAUAUGAAUGGAGUACAGUAGUGUUUAGUGCACUUGAUUUGCAUGAAAUGUGAUUACAGUACUGUACUGUACUAAAAAAUUAGUGAAACAUCUUUGUCAGGGGUAUGACUUUUAGGGAAGUUAGCAACUUAAAAGUUAAAAAAUAUAUUACUGUAUUAAUAAGUAUUAAAAAAAACUCAGAUUCAAUAUACAGUUUUGGUUACAUAGGGCUGUUGUUUAUAUGAAAUUUAUUGGUGCUAAGCUGCCAUUGAAAUUUA